AUGACCGAAGCUCAAGCCAAUGAAUACCUCCGGAAUCGACUGUGGCAGAAGGCAAAAGACAUCUACGACAGCAUCGUUGAAGCCUCCGCCAGCGACACAUCGAGCGGUUCAGGUCGGCGCCAUUCGAAGGAUCAAGUGAUCGCAUGUCUGUACGGGCGCACGGAAUGUUGCCUGGAGCUGGGACAGUACGAUCAGGUGACGCAGGACUGCCAGCGAUUGCUGAAGAUGCUAAAUUUGGCCGAGAACACCACCAACAACAAUGGUAACGGUCCAUCAUCCACCGAAUCUCCCAGUCCUACGCCCUCCUCGUCAUCCACGACAUCAUCAUCGUCGUCCUCGAAUGCUUCGGCCACACCAACGGGUGCCGGAAAGGGUGGAGGAGCCCCCAAACCACCGGCCACUGCGACGGCAAACGGAACGUCCUCCCCCGGCGCCGGAACGACAAGCACGGAAUCGAAGGUUCGAAAGCGCCUGAUACACUCCCUGUUCAAGCAGCAAAAGUUCACCGAAGCCGAAACGAUCCUGCAAGAGUGGACGUCGAACCACAGCGCCAAUCAGGACAUCGGGCGGUACCUGGAUCGGUUGAAGGUGCUGUUGCAACUAGCGUCGACGUCGGGCGGGAACUCACCGAACGCUAACGGGGCCAACGAUACCCUGCAUAACGCCACGAGCAGUAACAAUAACUCCCCGGAUGUACCGCCGGUGGCGGAACCCACCUUGAGUCCGAUCUCAUCGACCGUAUCGUCGAUUUCGUCGCUAAACGACGAGUACGAGCAGAUCGAGACGAAGCUGGACAACCUGAUUCUUAACAAUCUGCCACCGGAUCGCUACACGAAACCGCUCGGUCGGAUAGAGAGCCAGCUGAAGCUGGGCAAUGGGAACACCGAACCCGAUGGUGGAUCUUCGCCGGCCGGGAUGGAAGAAAGCGAGAAAGGACCGGAUGGGCAAGAGACACAGGAGGGGACACAGAACAAGCUGCAAGGUUCGGGUACCAAUGGGGACGAAAAACGGAAGGAUGUUUUGCUGCCGGGAGCUAAAGCGACGACGACGGUGGCGGUAUCGAAAAGCUCGGCUGCAGGACACACGAACAACGGUGGCCAAAACAGCAGUAGCGGGGGUGACGGGGGGAGUGGCAGUAGCACCAACAGUGAUAGCAAAACUAGUGAUAGUAACUGUAAUUUAUUCAAUGAAGCAAACAGUGAUAAGGGUGACAAAAAAGGAUCCGUGACCGUCGAUCGAGGAUCGAGCUGCGGAUCUGCUGGAUCUCGUCUGGUGGAGAGUGGGGUUCGCGGUGGAAACGGUGGUGGUGGUGGUGGCGGUGGGGGCGGAGGGAAACAAACCAACAGCAACCAUGUCACGGAGAAACACGGCAAACCGGCUAGCGCAGGAGGCGCUGUUGGGCAAGAGAAAACGUCCUCUUCCGGGGUGACCGGAAGUGGCAGUAAAACGCUGCCGAUUGACAAACAACUGAGCAGUAUUACCUGUGUCUACUGUACGCUGUCGUUCGCCGAUCGGUCGGAAUUGCGAGCGCACUGUCAAACCGAGAGCCACCAGAAUAUCAUCAUGUCGGAUGAGGGUCGGGAUUGGAAAUGGCGCCCACCACCACGUGGCUUCAUGGCCGAAUCGUACACGGUGUGCGAGAAGUAUCAGGAUAAUCAAAACUGUCACUACGGCAACCAGUGCGUGGAAGCGCACGGUGUGGACGAGCUGAACGAAUGGAAGGAACGGUUCGAGUACCGCAAGAAGAAGCUACAGCGAGCCCGCGACAAGGAGCUGUACGGCAAGAGCUACACGGAGCAGCUGCUCGAGAAAUGGGUGCAGGCACCCAGCCCGGAAAAGGUGAUGCGCGAGAAGAUCGAAGGCGUCGAGGACAGCUGUUCGCACGAUCUCGUCACGACCAUCUCGUCGAAGGUGAGCAAGCGCGAGUGGUCGUUUGUGCUGAAAUCGAAGCGAUACCUCAAAGCGGUAGCCCUGCUACAGGAUGCCCAUCGGAAUCACUUCGUUUUGAAGCAAAUCUGUCCCGGCGAGCCGCGUGGCACGCAUAGCGGUGGAAAGAAGAUCGGUGGGAGCUCGUCCGGUGGCGGUAAAGGUGGUCCUUCGACGGAGGCUGAACUGAACUCGGAGCAGGAGUGGAUUGCUCCUGUGAGCGGCUCGGAUAAGGGUGAAGCUGCGGCCACGCAACUGGAGCACCGUGUAAAGGUGGGCUUUAGUACGGAAAUCUACGGCACUUUCCGGCAGACGGUGGUGUUCGAUUUUGGACGUGAGCCCGUACUGGUGAAACACAUCUGCGUAGAUGUAGUGCCGGUCACGGAGGUGGACAAGAUACAGGAGAUUAAGAAGGACAUCGUCAUGUCGACGGCCGAGCGUUGGGAUGAGACAAACUCGGAGGUAUUCGAGUUUACGACGGCACCGAUCCCGCACAUGCAAACACCGGCCUACACGGCGGAUGCGGAACGCGAAAAGGACCUGCUUGUGCGGUAUCCGCUUCCGAAAGCGUCCACGUUCGUGCUGACGCAGUCCACCAUUACAGAGAAGAAACUGACGCGCAACAACUAUCGCAACCGCAUCCAUGAGCUGCUGUACGUGGAGGAGAUCGCACGGUACGAGCAAAUAGCGCGCUACAACCUGACCACACGGCUGUCGAUCGUGACAAACUAUCUGUUGACGCCGAGCGGUAUGGCGACCAGCACGGCGAAGUACUCGCACUCGGGCGAGCUGUUUGCGCUGAUGAAGCUCGGUAAGGAUGUAUCGGAGGACACGUCCGCUGGUAGGCUGAUCCUGAACAAUUGCCAGGCGGUGUAUAUAGCGGCGGCCCGCGAAACAACCCCCGCUGGCGAGCGACGUAAGGUGUACGAGGCGGUGAUCGAGGAUAAGGGAAAGAACAUGAUCUACUUGAAGGUGUCGGCGAAGGCCGUGUCGGGGCUGGGUCUGAAACCGGAGACUGAGUUUCUGGCUGACAUUCAGUUCCAACCGAACCGGCUGACGUACUGCGAGUGGCACCAGGCGAUCGAUAAGAUCGCUGACUUUCGACUCAUCUUUCCCGAGAUCUUUCUCGAGCCCAGUAUCCCGUGGACGCCGCAACGCCAGUGGGACUCGUCGCUCGAUCCGAAGCUCAACUCGAAGCAAAAGGAGGCCGUGGUUGCGAUUACGACACCGGUCAGUGUUCCUCUGCCGCCGAUACUGCUGAUCGGACCGUUUGGCACGGGCAAAACCUACACGUUGGCCCAAGCGAUCAAGCAGCUAUUGCUGCAGGAGGGCUCGAAGAUUCUGAUCUGUACACACUCCAAUUCGGCUGCCGAUUUGUACAUCAAGGACUAUCUGCACCCGUGGGUUGAAGAGGGCAUGACCGAGGCUCGUCCGCUGCGCGUUUACUACCACAAGCGUUGGGUGGCGACAGUCAACGGGAUCGUGCAGAAGUACUGUCUGGUGGAUUUGAACAUCAAUAUGCGCAACUUCCGGCGCCCGACGGUGAAAGACAUCCUGAAGCAUCGUAUCGUCGUGGUGACACUCAACAUCUCGAUGGAGCUGGCCUCGCUGGACCUGCCGAAGGGCCACUUCACGCACAUAUUCCUCGACGAGGCGGCACAAGCGAUGGAGUGCGAGGCCAUCAUGCCACUGGCGCUGGCGGGCGAGCGGACACGCAUCGUCCUGGCCGGUGAUCACAUGCAAAUGUCCCCCGAGCUGUUUUCCCACUUCGCCAAGGAACGAAAGCUGCACGUGUCGCUGCUGGAGCGGCUGUACGAUCACUAUCCGCACGAUUUCCCUUGCAAGAUACUGCUGUGCGAGAACUACCGCGCCCACGAUGCCAUCAUCCGGUUCACGUCGGAGCUGUUCUACGAGCAGAAGCUGAUCGCUUCCGGUAAGCAGCCGCGCCACGAGAAGUUCUACCCACUCACGUUCUUCACGACGCGCGGUGAGGAUGUGCAGGACAAGAACUCGACCGCGUUCUACAACAACUCCGAGGUGUACGAGGUGGUCGAGCGGGUGUGCGAGCUGCGUAAGAAGUGGCCGAGUGCUUGGGGCAAAAUCAACGACCAAAGCAUCGGCAUUAUGACACCGUACGCGGACCAGGUGUUCCGUAUCCGGUCGGAGUUACGCAAGCGCCGCAUGGGUGGCAUCAGUGUGGAGCGGGUGGCGAACGUACAGGGAAAACAGUUCCGAGCCAUUUUCCUCUCAACCGUACGCACUCGGCGCACGUGCAACGCGAACGCGAACGAGGGUUCCAGCUCAACGGAGGAGGUGGACUAUGGCUUUCUCAGCAAUUCGAAGUUGCUCAACACGGCGAUUACGCGAGCCCAGAGUCUCGUGGCCGUGGUCGGUGAUCCGGUCGCGCUCUGCUCGAUCGGCCGUUGUCGCAAGGUCUGGGAGCGCUUCAUCGAGAUUUGCUACCAAAACAAAAGCCUGUUCGGCAUAACGUGGUCACUGUUACGCUCGCAGCUGGACGGAGUGGAGCUGAAGAAGACGUACGUGUUGAAUCCGCUUGCGCCCGAGUUCAUUCCGCGAGCGCUGCAGGGUGAGGCAUACUUGCGCGAUCAGGCAGCAAGCAUUGGUGGAGUGGUUGGUUCGUCGGGUGGACAAUUCCAUCAUCAUUCGGCACUCUCCCAUCAUGCCGGCGUGCCUGGUGCAUCGCAUCAGGGUCAUCAUGGCUCUUCGCAUCACCAGCAACAGCAGCAACACCCACAACAUCAGCAACAGCAGCAGCAAUCCCAGCAGCAACAGCAACAACAGCAGCAGCAGUCUCAAGGACACGCGAUACACGCAUCCCACCAACUGCAGCACUUGCAGUCACAGCAUCAUGCUGCGGCUCAGCAACAAGGAGCGGGAUCGGCUUUCCACCACAGUACGGUUGGAGGAGCUGGCUUCCCGCUGGGUGGCACGGGUGCCGGUUCGACUGGAGCCGGUCUCGGAGCUUUGCCGAAUGCUGCAGCAGCGGCCGCCCUUAUGCGAAAUCAGUUGGCUAUUACACCGUUCAUAGGACCGACGUCCGCCGUACAGGGACCGGUCGCGCAAUCGUCCAUGCUCCAACAACACAUCCAAUCGCAAACGCAAUCUCAACAGCAAACUUCGCAGCAGCAGCAACAACAGCCACAGCAACAGCAGCAGCAGCAGCAACAGCAACAAUUUCCUUAUCAAAAUCCGCUCUACUUCUACCAACAGCAGCAACAACAGCAACAGUCAUCGCAAUCCCUGCGUAGUGGCCCGUCCAUGGUGCCACCGCAUGCGUCGGCACUUGGUGGGCCUCCGAUACCACCGAAUAUGGCACCUCCACCGAACCAGAACGCACCGAACCUCUGGGGAUCGGCUGGAAGCGCGUUCCCGAUGGUAUCCUCACCUGGUGGUCGCAACACACCUCCCGGUUGGAGGCUGGCCCAAAAGAACGCACCUCCAUCGAUACGUCCCCAGCUGCCCGCCUCGGUAACGGGUCAAACGGUGUCCCACCCGCUCGGAAUGGGGUUGCCUGGAGGACCCGGACCUGGUCGUCCUGGGCCACCGCCGCUAAUAGCGCCACCGAUGCGUAGCCCGACCAUUGGGGGUGGACAGGGGGCAACUUGUCCUCCGCUUGGACCGCUUUCAUACUUCCAGCAACAACCGAACAAGGGUCCAGCAGCUGCACUCAUGCAAACGCAGGCCCAACAACAGCAACCGGGCCAACCGGGUGGUGCUUUCGGUCUUUACCAUCAGAACACGGCGCCUGCUCACCUGGCAGGAGGUCCAUCGCAACAGGGACCGGCAGGUGCGCAACCGAAUCAUCACAUGCGCCCGAUGCUAACGGCCGGACCGAUUAGUCCCAGUGGUUUCCAACAGCCACAGCAGAUCGCUCCGAAUUCUCAAUCGGCGGCGGUUGCCGCUCAAGGACACUUUGCUCAAUCCGGUGACCUGUACAUGGCGAGCAUACAGAACGAGUUGAUGGCCAUGUCCAACCGUAUGCCGCAUCUGGCCGCGGCGGGACAGAAGCUAGGAGCUGCUUCAGGCGGUGCCGGUACAGUAGCCGGCGUUCCAAUGCACCGUGGCGGUACGGCAGACCAGUUUGCGCUCGAAAAAGCGUCCGAUUUCCACUUCCUGCAGAACGUCCACUUCCCAGAGCUUCGAAGCCAAUCGGCUAACCAUCAGCAGUUGGGCAACGCGGUAACCGCAGUGGGUCCGCAUCUGCCGGCGGUUUCGUCUUCGGCCCAUCUCCUGCAACAGCAGCAACAGCAGCAGCAACACCAGCAACAAGUGGCUGCAGCAGCGGCUGCAGCUGCUGUCCUAGGACCGGGCAUCCUGACACCGUCGAAUGUGGCUCAGCAACAGCACCAUGGGCUUGGAGGGGCUGGUUCCGGUUUGGCGGAUUUCAGUCACCUACUGCCGGCGAACAUGAGCUUCUUCGAUAUGGCGCUGCAGACGAAGGAGUUCCAGUACUACUGGUUCACUAAGCUCAUGGAGACGAAGGGCUUGGAAGCGGCGAACAAGUUCACGGAUAUCCUGCGCCAGUUGCCAACCUCGGUGGCAGCCGCAAAUUCACUGAAAGCCCACCAAGCCUCACUGCCGCCGGUCCAACAGCAACAACAGGGUGCAGCCAAGGUGAUACCCGGUAUGGUAAGCAGCGGAGGCAAUGGACCACUCUCCGCCCAGGCGGACAUCUUUCUAGACAACAUACUGAAUCCCAUGAAGGAACCGCUGCUACUCGGUGGAGCACCUAACGCCGCCUCGGCCGGUGGGCUCGUGCACGGUGGUAACGUUCUGGUGAACGGUGUUGGUGGAGUCGGCACUGUUGCUCCCGGCAAUGUGGCCAACCAUCCGGGAGUCAGUGGAACGGCGGGAGGUAAAGGUGGGAUGCUGGAAUCGGUGGAUCUGUUUGCCAGUCUGUCUUCUUCGCUAGCACCCGAAAUCGGCCAGCCCCAACUAAGCCAGCAGCAGCAAUCGGUUCCGUUGUAUCGACGUCAAGCGGGACAGAAUUACCAGGGUUCGCUACCAGGUGGCAGCUCGAGCAGCGGUGUUACUGGAUCGAUUUCGUCCUCAUCGAACGCGCUGUCGAUCGAUUCGUCUACGCCCGAUCUGCUCGAUUCGGUGCAGCUCCAUCAACAGGCGCAGCAACUGCAUCAGCAGCAACAGCAAAACUUUGGCAUGCAGCAAACACUGCUCGAACUGCUGGAGCCGAAAAUGACCCAGCAGAACUAUCUAUUCGGCUCGAACGGCGCAAAUCAAUUCGCCGGCAGUACGAUGUUGGAACAACAGCAGCAGCAACAACAGCAACAGCAGAACGGCGGAUUCCCGGGUAAUGCCGGCUACAGUUCGAUACAAAACAUUGCCGCCGGAUUACUGCAACAGCAACAGCAAUUGCAGCAGCAGCAGCAACAACAGGGUCUUGGAGGGCGAGAUUAUUUGCAGCAUUUGACGUCACAUGCGGGCCCUCAGUCAGUGCAGGCUGGGCUGGUGCAAUCCCAGCAGCAUCUGUCCGAUGACCAUCUGCUUUCGCAGCGAGCCGCCGGAGGAGCUGGCACCGGAACGGGAGUAGGAGUAGGUGGAGGUCCUUCCGGGAUGCCCGUUUCAUCAGCGGCAGCCCAUGCAACGUACGCCAGCGUUCUCAGCCAGGGUCAGCAUCAUCACCAUCAUCACCACGGUAACAAUGGAAAUCAUCAGGUGCAACACCAGCAUCAUCAUUUUGCCGCCCAACAACAACAGCAGCACCAGCAACAGCACGGCCACGGAAUGGAGAGCCUCAAGCAGCUCAGCAAGAUGGACCUUUCGGAUGCUGGGGCGCUGGUGGAGGGAGCGGGAGGUUCGACUAACAUCGGCAACAACGCCGCCAGCAACGAUCCCUUUGCUCCGUUGCGUAACCUCGGUGGUAAGAGCAAUGGGUUGUACAAUUAUUUCCUUUAAUUUUGUCUCGAUAGUUGUAUCGAUUGGCGUGUGAGGCAUGAUGAGACUGUUUCUAGCUGUCCUGUCCCAUCUUGACACCCGAAAACUAAUCAGUCGUGUCACUGAGGAGAGAUUCGUGGAAAGCUGUACAAGGAUGUGUGAGAUGCAAGAAGAAGAGAGAAGAUCACUCGUAGGAGCGGUGUGGGUGGCAAGCGAUUGUGAGAUAUUAUUUCUUCUAGGAUAUGCAAGAAAGCGAAGGAAAACAAAUUUGUAGGCCUCUACUCUAGGCAUUAUCGAGCGGUAAGCAAAGCCGAUACGAAAUAGUAAGCGGAAAGUGAAGGAUAAUAUUUAGAAUAUGAAGAGAAAAAAAUAGAAAGAUAAAAUGAAAAGAAAAAAAAGAGAAAAAACAUUACAAAAAACCCAAAAAAGUUAUGUCUACUUAUGGUUUAUAAAUGUUACGAAAACAAAGAAAAAAAAAGAAACAAUGAAAAAAAAAGAAAAAAAUAAUGACAUGAUAAUAGCACCUGUGCGGCACACAUAGACGAGAA